UCUCUGUGAAGAAGCUCAUCACCGCGACCUGAGCAAAGGAAUGACAAGAUGGCGGAGUGAAUAAGCUACGAGUUGGAGUAUCAGGAAUUUGAGGGCUAAAAAUUCCAGUGUAGCAGCGAGUUGGAGACGACUCGGCUCCAACUCGAGCGGUAACAGUGGGGCAGGCAGCCGUGAAACAGCUGAAUUGCCGAGUCAUUUUCUGCCCUCUUCAUCUCAAAUAUUAUAAGACUUCUGACGCUGGAAGAAAGGAACAGAGUAAACAGCGGCUGGAAGAAUAUCUAUAUGUAAUCCCCGUAUUGUAGAAAAGAUACUUCUCAUGACUGUACUACAGUCUUAAAAUUCGGAUUUGCCAGCAUCACUGCGGAACCUUUUCAUUUUUAAGCCGGGACCUGCUUUGGGACGCUUUAUGUUCGUCUAGCAGAAAGGAUAAAAGGACGGCGGAGAUUCCCAGACUUUUAUCACCUUUUCCCUGCUCGGGCGUCGCUGGCGAUUCAGGGGACAUGGCAAGCAGUAGCGGCUCGAAAGCCGAGUUUAUAGUCGGUGGGAAAUACAAACUCGUACGGAAAAUUGGAUCCGGAUCUUUCGGGGACAUUUAUUUGGCAAUUAAUAUCACAAAUGGGGAGGAAGUAGCUGUAAAAUUGGAGUCCCAGAAAGCCAGACACCCACAGCUACUCUAUGAAAGUAAACUGUAUAAAAUUUUGCAGGGGGGCGUCGGAAUCCCACACAUUCGGUGGUAUGGACAGGAGAAGGAUUACAAUGUCCUAGUUAUGGAUUUGCUGGGGCCCAGCUUGGAAGACCUCUUCAAUUUCUGUUCUCGUAGGUUCACCAUGAAAACAGUUCUUAUGUUAGCAGACCAGAUGAUCAGCAGAAUUGAGUAUGUGCAUACAAAGAAUUUCAUCCAUAGAGAUAUCAAACCAGAUAACUUUUUAAUGGGCAUUGGGCGCCACUGUAAUAAGUGUUUAGAAUAUCCAGUGGGGAAGAGGAAACGAAGCUUGGCUGUUAGUUCUUCUCAGGACCCAGCUUUCUCAGGAUUAAACCAGCUUUUUCUUAUUGACUUUGGUUUGGCCAAAAAAUACCGGGACAACAGGACAAGGCAACAUAUACCUUACAGAGAAGACAAAAACCUCACUGGCACUGCUCGCUAUGCAAGCAUAAAUGCACACUUGGGGAUUGAACAGAGCCGUCGGGAUGAUAUGGAGUCUCUAGGAUAUGUGCUGAUGUACUUCAACAGAACCAGCCUGCCGUGGCAGGGAUUAAAGGCUGCCACAAAGAAACAGAAGUAUGAGAAGAUAAGUGAGAAGAAGAUGUCUACUCCUGUUGAAGUUUUGUGUAAGGGAUUCCCAGCAGAGUUUGCUAUGUAUCUGAAUUACUGCCGUGGCCUCCGAUUUGAGGAAGCACCAGACUACAUGUAUUUAAGGCAACUCUUCCGUAUUCUCUUCAGAACUUUAAAUCACCAGUAUGAUUACACGUUUGAUUGGACAAUGUUGAAACAGAAAGCCGCCCAACAGGCAGCCUCCUCCGGGAGUCAGGGGCAGCAAGUUCAAACUCCCACAGGCAAGCAAACUGACAAACCCAAGAGUAACAUGAAAGGUUUCUGAGCAUUAAGACCACAUGAUAAGCAGUGCAGAAUGGUCAUAGCAAGAUUUGCCUUCUGAUUACUCCCCGGAAUCUAGGAUUGUAUCACAAGAAAUUGCCAGGCGAUGUGGGCAACCAUUUUUUUGCUGUAGUAAAAAAUGAAAACACAAGACUUUUGUUUCAUAUUAUAUAUGUAAUCAGUAUAUAUAGAUAUUCCUGGUGUGUAUCUAUAUAUAGCUAUGUACAUAUUAUAUACAGUGUACACAAAGAAAAAGCUGGCAGUUAUGGAGCCUUGAAGCUGUAGCCUUUUGCCGUGUCCUAAAUCUAAAGACAUUUCCAGUUUCCUUAGCAGCUCUUCAAAUGGAGAACUGUACAAAUGGUGGGCUCACAGAGAAGGUAAUUGUGCAUAUGCCAAUUUUCCUUGAUUUCCUGUUUCUGGAUUGAACUGCUUGGAUGCCACCCUAUCCAUAACACCACCCAUCUCCUCAGAAGUGCCCCACACUGAGCUAUUCCUGAUGGACAGCGGGGCAUGUUUUCCGAAUUGUAUAUCAGUCAUCCUUACAGUUGGGGAGGAGGGAAGAUUUUGGAAGCACCGUUUUAUUUUACAUAACAGAAUCUCCUAUUUAGCUUUCCAUUUGGAAUGAGUAAAAAAGUGUUCAAUUCAAGUAAGGUUUGCAUCGUCAGUUAAUGGAUUUAUUAGUUAGCAAAUGUUGGGACGCUUUUUAAAAUUUUUUUUCAGAAGUGGUAAAUAAGACUCUGCCUGCUGACUUGUGCUAGUGACUACUAGAUUUCUCUUAGAUCGCUGCAUUAACUAUAUUGUACUUGGUAUACAGAUUUAAAGAAAAGCAUAUUCAUGACAGAUUAGGUAUUCCUGACUGAACCUGUAAGUAAAUUGCUUAGACGAUGUAAUUGUAUAAAUCCAUAAUCUGGAGUUCUCCCCCUUGACCAUUGUUAACAUGAUUUGUUUACAUGUUAAUUGAGUGAAGUAAACAAACUACCCUUUCUGUUAAGCAAAAAUAGACCAAUUUUACUGCUGUGAUUACCACGUUGUAUGGAAAUGUAAAGAGAAAUAUCUUCCCUUCCAUUCUGUUUUUGUGUUUUUUUUUUGUUUGUUUUUUUUUUGUUUUUUUAUUUCACAGUAAAUAUCCAAAACAAUUUACUUAAGUCAUUUCUUUACAGGUGUGCUUUUAGAUUUACAGAAAAUUGUGUUUUUUUUAUUAAAUAUUGUUUAUUUUGUAUUUUUUCCUCUUGGGGAAUUGGGUGUUUUUAUGUUGGUUCUUCUGCAAUGAAACAGAUCCUUACAAACGUAUCUUCAGGACUGUCUCUUUUGGCAGAGAAAUUUGAAGCUACUGUUUGCAAUGGUGGUGCAAGUUUGAUUUUUUUUUUUUUUUUUUUUUUUAAAUCUUCAAGAAAGUGGUUUGAAUGCUUUUUUAUUUUCUUUGAAAAAUUAUCACAUGAUGAAAGAAGUUAAUUUGCCUUGUGUCAUAUAGGCUUUAGCCACAAUUAGUUGAGACCAGCACCUUGUGGGCUGACUUGACUGGCUUCCCUAUUAUUCCUUCUCUGACCCAGCUGAGUCUAUUUUAUUUGCUGGACAUACUAUAACUGUAAUUUAUUCCCUUUUAGCAUGUCAGAAUAAAUUAAAAAUUACUUGGCAGUA